AAUAUAGUAGCUUUAAUAACGAACGUUGUUCAGGGGCUGUUGGCCGUGUAUGAUUGCUGAUCCACCGCUCAUUUCAUGGUAUCGAGCAGUGCGAUGGAUCUUGGCAGACCUGAUCGAUCCUUAUGCGACGACUAUAUGUUCGGGUGCAUCCCUGAUGAGGGCGACGACGAAAAUGCAUGUGUAGCAGAAGAAAUCGAUGCCAUUAAUGAUGAAACGUUUGGAGAUGACAUGCAGGAUUCGAUCAACAGCGAGUUGGAGGACUAUGCGGCACAGACUGCUUGUUUGCGUCUUGACGAUGCACCAUGGGAUGCUCCAGGAUGCUCAAAAGCUCCUGCGCCAGAUGCCUCUAACGUUCCUCUUCCUGACUUUGACAUCUUCGGGAACUCAUUCACUAGUUUUGGCACCGAAUCAAUGGCAAAACUCGACUCACUGUGGUCACAGCAGUCAAACAACUUGUACGAUAUCUGGGGAGAGCAGAAAGUUGCCACCACUAGUGCUGGAGCAAAUACUAUUUUGGCACAACCUUUAAAAAAUGAGAUGACAUCAAUACAGGUCAGUAAACCUCCAAAUGUGUACUCGAUGGCAGAUGAGGUCUCGAGGAACUUCUCAAUGUCCAACAGUUCUGUCCCGUUUCCUCAUUCACAUCCUGCCUCCUUGCCCCCAAUGCCUCGCGCUUCGACGUUGGAGGAUCUGGAACGUCAACAUUUACGAAACGCACCUCUGGUUAACACUUGUACCGUCAAUAAUGUGAAGUCAGCCGCUGUGAAUGCUGCUGAUCUGGAACGCCGAUUCAUUGAAGAGGCUUCAGUCACGCCAGCGAUGGUCAGAAACCAUAUGCAACCGUGUGUGGUGCCUCAAGGAUACCCUCCCAUGCCUUCUCCUCAAAGUCAAGCACCUGCUAGAGUGGCUACGAACAUUCUCCCGAACUUUGGCAAUGUUCCUCCACCCAUGGCUCUUCCGCCCUUUCUUCCUCCUAUGAAUCCGAUGAUGCUUCCACUGGUGCCAAUUUGGCUUGAACAUCUUGCUGGACGAACUCCUUGUCUGCCACCUGGGUGUCCUCCUGUACCACCUCUUUUGCGAAUGGUAUUCGACACCGUCAAGGACCCCGUGAUUGUCAUGGAGAUGCUGAGAGCCGCCCCAUUAGCUGCUCCAGUCCCUCCGCCUUUUCCCUUUCCGACGCAGAGCUAUGAUCGGCGAACGCCUUGGCAACGCAAAGCUCCUGGAAUGCCAUCAGGUCGCACAAUUGAAGAUCUUGCAUUUGAUCAAUUUGCGGGUUACAUGUCGUGCAAGGAGAGAGAAUGGCUAGUUAAAAUACAGAUCUUGCAAUGCCAAGGGACAGGCGUACCAUACGACGAUGAUUAUUAUUAUACAAUGUGGCGAGAGAAGCAAAUAGCCCUUGGUUGGAAACCCAAGCAGGUGAACACCCCGCGUGAUUCAGCUCCUGAUAGAUCUAAAGACCAUGAGCAAAGAAGACGGCGAAUUAAUGGCUCUCGCUACGAUAGCACUAGUCAACCGAAAGAAGUUGUUCCUUUGAACGUGAAAUUCAAAGGAGCGUUGGGACUACCGUCUAAGUCAUCCACCAACAACCCAAGACAUCUAAUUAGCGUAGAACAUAAUGUCGAAAACACAGAAGAUGAUGCCAUCCAGCGCGCUGGAAAGCAGAGGAAAUUAAGAACUCUUCUGCUACGAUUGGAGUCUGCUCUUACGCUUUUGAUUGAAUGUCAAGACAGACGCGUGAAGAUGCGCAGUCUUGGGCAAAACAAUGAUGCACUGCUGGCAGAGAUAUCGGACCGAGUGGAUACCGUUUUCAGAGAACUGAUCGCUGAAGAUCUUGUCAAAAUCUUGCAGCUUGGCAAAGGACGUUCUGUCGUAGCUCGCACCAUUGGUGUUGGUUGUCCCAAGGACGUCAUUCGCAUUGUGAUGGCACUGUUUUCUGUGAUGAGUUUAUGCCCCAAAAAGUGCCUCGACGAUAUCAAUAGUGACUUGAUCUUCCCAUUAUUCAAUGGACUGAUGACUCUUAGCCGAGAGCAACUUAUGACUCUCACUUCAACAUUAUUCAUUUCUACCAUACAAGAAAACUUGCUGAGUAAGAACAUAUUUUGUCGAGAUGCUUUGGUAACCCUGUUAUUCGCUUGCGCCAAACGCAAAGCCGUUUCUCAGACCAUUGUGCGGUGGUUGUGUGGUCCACCCGAGGAAAUAAACUUUGUUGACGGAUGGUCAUCGCCGCUGUCUAGAUGGCGAGAACUUCUACCGCAGGUUUCGGACGCAGACGUGCAAAUGUUAGCUGAUUGGCUGCUUCUUCUCUGCAGUGAUACACACUUCAACUCACUCGCUAAACUACUCGCAAAUUUUCUCAUUGCGUGUAAAUAA